AUGUGUAUCCAAUUCUACAUAAAAUUCCAAUGUGGCCACACGUCCAAAUCUCGUCUGGAGUACUGCGAAAAGAAAUUCCGACUAAAACGGAACGAACUCACCUCCCCUCAAAACGAACCAGCCAACAUUUGUCACGACCCCAAGAAGCAAAAAGUUGACGACUUUGAGGAAAAAGCUGGAAUGUGUCAGGAAUGCUCUAUUGCGCUGUAUCAGGAUUUCUGGAUUCAGAAGUGGAAGGUGAGGGAUCGGGUGAGGAAAGCAGCCCGGAUUGCGGCUCGUGUGGGGAACACCACUGCUAAUAGGCCUGAGAAUUCGGUAUUCAGAGACCGAGAGUCAGAUUCUGGGGAGUCAGGACAUGUUCUCAAGAACUUAUAA